UUAGUGGGAGGAGCUCCAACCCACUGGCUUUUCAAAUUGGUCACGGUGUUGUCCGAGAUAAGUGUCAAGGAAGGCUUGAGUACCUGUAAGCAACAUGAAGUUUGCAUCUGUAUUUGUCCUUUUCUUCUGCUCUACUUUCAAGAAAUCCCAAGGAAAGUCGAAGCCCAAACCGGCCUGUGAAUACCCCCCGUUGCAGUGGUGUAGGAGUUUGGAAAUUGCAAUACAAUGUAGGGUUCAGAAGCAGUGUCUAGAGCUCAAUGCUACCAGGCCCAACUUGCCGGUACCCCGAGUGGAGGUGACCCUGUACUAUGAGAGCCUGUGUCCAGACUGCAGGGCCUUCCUCACCCAGCAGCUCUUCCCCACCUGGGCCAUGCUCCACGACAUCAUGGACGUCAAACUGGUGCCCUACGGCAAUGCACAGGAGCUUCCCUCAGGGAAUUCUCCGUUCACCUGUCAACAUGGAGAACCAGAGUGUCAUGGUAACAUGAUUGAGGCAUGUGUUCUACAUUCAGUGGGUCUGUACUCAGCAUUCCCGGUCAUUUACUGCAUGGAAUCUGCAGCUAAUGUUCUUGAUGCUGCCCAACCUUGCUUACAGCUGCACGUCCCUUCCAUGAUGUGGGACAGUGUCACAUCCUGUGUGAAGGGAGAGCUUGGCUUCAAACUGAUGCAUGAGAACGCCCUGAAGACCAAAGCUCUCAGUCCGGCCAAAACACACGUCCCCUGGGUGACUAUUAAUGGGGAAUACACAGAUGACUUUCAGGACAAAGCAAUGUCAUCGCUUUUCAACUUGGUCUGCAGAAUGUACAAGGGAGGCAAACCCCCUGCCUGUACUGGCGCGCAGAAGAAACUAGACAGGCGUUUGUUCUGAAACCAACAGUCAUUCUGCAUGCCAUUCAUGUUUUUGAAAUAUAUUUUAUGAUAUAUGUACCAGUUUCCCCUCAUGAUCUGUGAUGAACUUGCAUGGUCUUUCAAAAACAUCAGUUGCUAAUUUGUUGCUGAACUGUAUUUCAUGAAUUGUAAGACUAUAUUUUGUCAGUGUGAUUCUACGAUGUGUUAAAUAACUCCCUAUGUAUUGAUAAUUAAACCUAAUGCUAACCA